CCCCUCAUGGUGGGCUAUACCCGUCCGCAACAAAGAACGAUCGUGCUCGAUUGACCGGCCGGGUUAAUGUCACCGCAUUCUCGGCGAUCGGCACGCAACUGAAUGUGAAACGAUCUUAGGAGGACAGCCUAGGGUUGACAAACCGCUCAUGCCAUGUAUAUACCGCCGGAGCAAAACUGGGAUCGGUCCCACUUCUGGGACUGAUGAAGGCAAAAACGCACCCACCACUUUCUGCUACUGUUGCUAAAGUCAACAGAGGACAAGCAGAGAAGAAGAAAGGAGGAGGAGAACAAGAGGAGAAAAGGAGAAGACGGUGGGUAACUUCCUGGGUCCCGCGACGGCCUGCCACCCUUGCGCGCGGGCCAAGCGGAAGCCGCUACAGUGGCGCGGCCGCUACAACUACGACAACUAAGAGGUGUGGCCCUCAGGCGCGGGGCGACCCCCCUCAGCUGGCGCACUCAGGGCAGCUGCAGCUGGCGCAGUGCUUCGCUGGCGGGGGCGGCCGGGAGCCGGGCGCUGCCCACCGGCCCUG